AUGCUCCUUUCUUCCACUUUACCCUCCAAUGGCGUCAAUGCGUCUUCAUCCAGUCAAGCAGCAGAUCCCGUGGUGGGUAACGGAGGCAGCGGCAACAGUGCUAGUGGAGGAAACACUGGAGCAUUUAAUCAGCAGUACUUUCGCCAGCUCCCACCGAUCACGGAUCCUUCUACAGCAGCAGGCGCGAUCGUGACUCAGAGGAUGACGGAAUCUCGGCGACUAUUGUUGCGGAACGAGGCCAAGGAGAUGUUUAUGCAUGGAUACCACGGUUAUUUGAACCAUGCCUUCCCGAAGGACGAACUCAACCCUGUGGCCUGUACGGGGCGUGGGUCCGAUCGAGAAAAUCCCAAUAACAUCAAUGUCAAUGACGUGUUGGGCGACUACUCCUUGACGCUGAUCGACGCCCUUGAUACUUUGGCGGCUAUGCGAGAGCCGGAGCUGUUUCGACAAGCAAUCCAUUUGAUCAAGAGACAUGUUCAUGAUUUCGACAUCAACAGUCGAGUUCAGGUGUUUGAAGUCAACAUUCGGGUCCUUGGUGCAUUGCUCUCUGGACAUUUAUAUGCCUCGGAUCCGAUUUUUAAAAGUGUGGUCAAGGGGUACAAUGGAGAGCUACUGACGAUGGCAGAAGACCUGGGCAAGAGGCUGAUGAAGGCCUUUGAGAACACACCAACAGGUAUUCCUUGGCCACGAGUGAAUCUCAGAAAGGGGGUGUCGCUGGAGGAGUCAGUCGAGACAUGUGUUGCAGGCGCAGGCAGUCUGUUGCUGGAAUUUGGAGUGUUGAGUCGACUUACAGGUGACAAGAGCUAUGAGGAAGCAGCCAAGAGAGCACUGUAUGAACUGUGGAGUAGAAGGUCAAAGAUUGGGCUCAUGGGCAACACAGUAGAUAUCACCUCAGGACAAUGGAUGUCUGCGAUGACAGGGAUCGGUGCUGGCACGGAUUCCUUUUAUGAGUACCUCUUGAAGUCGUACGUGCUAUUUGGGGAUGAAGAGUACCUGGACAUGUACGAGACUGCACAGGAUGCGAUCCGGCGGAACCUCCUCCACGACUCCAAAUACUUUUACAAGCAUGUUCACUUGGAAGACGGGAGCCUCAUGGCAUACUGGGUCGACAGCUUGUCAGCAUUUAUGCCAGGUGUACAGGUGCUUGGAGGAGAUUUGGAGAGUGCCAUCAAGAACCAUCUGUACUAUUACAACAUCUGGCGGAAAUAUCAAGCCAUACCGGAGAGGUUCGACUUUGUACAACAAACAGCAGUUAUUUCGAACUACCCGCUGCGCCCAGAGUUCAUCGAAUCCAAUUACUUUCUCUACAGAGCUACAAAAGAUCCGUUUUAUCUGGAAGUCGGCGAAAUGAUUCUGCGGGACCUUCAGACGUACACCAAAACCAAAUGCGGCUGGGCCUCUCUUCGGAGCGUCAUCGACAAGAAACUCGAGGACCGCAUGGAAAGCUUUGCGCUGUCAGAGACAAUCAAAUAUCUCUACCUUCUCUUUGACGAGGAGAAUCUACUGCAUCAGGAACUCAAGGAUUCGAACUUUGUGUUCACAACUGAGGGCCACGUCUUGCGCUUGUCC